GAGAGCGUGUGUGUUACUCAUACAGCCGCGCUCAUCCUCUGGCCCUCCAAAGCAGGAAAUGAUGAAACUCAAUUCACACACACACAAGUUUGGACACACCUACUCAUUAAUUAUUAAUAAUGUUUUCUGCAUUAUAGAAUAAUAGUAAAGUCAUCAAAACUAUGAAAUAACACUAAUGGAAGUAUGUGAAGUAUAUGGCUCAUUCUUUAAUUUAGGGUACAUUUAAUGUCCAUUGUUGAUCAUUAUAUAUUUUCUAACAGUUUUAUCCAUUAAGGGAAAGCAUCUUAUAAUAUCACACAAAUAUUUUGUGCUCCCCAUGUUUCAUUUUGCGUGAAACUGCCAUGAUAUUUCUUAGUUGACAGUUUUUGCAUUGUCUGUUUUUUGAAGUGAGCGGGUCUUAAGUUCAAAAUAAUGAAUAAUUUUUUUUCAAGUCAACAUGAUCUAUAUAUAUAUAUAUAUAUAAUUUUUUAUUCUAAACACUCCAGAAAAAUACUUUUUUUUUUAUUUUUUUUUUAGAUUGAGUUUGACAUUUUAAUAAAGAAAAUAUCUUAUUGUCCACAAAAGUUCUGUCAACUAUGUUACUAAACAAACACCCCCCUGCAACUAAAAAAUGGUGCAUCCCAAAACCAUGUGACCAGUGUCAUGUGACGUCAUUUUGUUUCUCAAUAUUUUAACUACAAUAGCAUAUUGUCAAGGAGUAUAUAAUUGACCAUCAACUAUGUUGCAUACAUUGUUAUAGUUUGCAAUAUUUGUAUGAUCUUAGCUCAACUAAGUUGCCCCAAUGUCAACCCUUUGGGUAACAUAGUUGACAUGACCCGACAGUGUCCACUGAAGACCAUUGAUGAUAAUUAAUUAAUUACUAUAGAUCAGUGUUUUGUCAUAAUUUAAGCCUGUAUGUGUCAGAGGACACUGAGGGUGUGUGUGCCCUUGUGCAUGUGUGUGCAUGCAUGCAUGCAUGUAAAUCAUGAUAAUUAGGGAUUAAGGCACAUUUAAUUGAUUUUACAAAAUUAACUAGAUAUUGUUCCUUUGCAAGUUAAAACAGAGAUCUUCUUAUGUAAAUGGUGUCAUUGUAUUGUGUGAAAUAAGCAGGAUAUUUAUUUUUCAACUAUGUUACUUUCACUGUCAACUAUGUUACCACUGAUUUUUUUACAUUUCAAAUAACAAAAAUGCUGCUUCUGAUAUCCUUCAAGGUAUAUUUUACAUCCACAAAGGUUAGAGUUUUGGAUAACAUCUCUUAAAACUACCAAAAUUAUAUUUAAGCCAGAUUUAUGAUAAAACAAUGUUACGGUCACUAGUGACCGUGCUGAAAAUAUCACAUGAAUAUCUGCAAAAAUAUACAAUUCUUACAAUUAUUUUACUGCAUUACUGCACAUAUGGCAGAAUAGACAAAAUAACCCUUAAUGAAGUGUGUUACUUGAAGUGUGGCAUGUAAUCCGUGUCUGUAAUGCCAUGCAGUUUGUGCGUAACAUAGUUGACAAACUCACUAGGGAAAACAUCCAUCUAAACGGUGUUUAAUGCUUAAGCUUUGCAACUAGUAGAAAUGUUGCAUCAAAGAAAUAUAUGAACUUAAACCAAUAAGUCUCUUUUAUUGAGAAAGCACUUUGUUUUUGUACUUUUUUUUGUUGACAUGAAGAUGAAAUGUAUCACCAAUUAUAGAAUGAGCCAUAUAGUGAACAAAAACAAAAGAAAGUUGUUAAUGUCGAUUUCCAGCUCUGAUCAUUCCCUCAAGCUUCUCCAUGAGGUGCUUCAUCCUGAACAGUGUUGGGUGUAAUCUGAUUACAAAGUAAUCUAAUUACUGUUUCAGUCAAAACGUAGUGUAAUGCAUUUCAGUUUAAAUUCUUGUAAUCUGAUUACAGUGACUGACUUUCAGUUAAACGAAUUACUUACGUCGCAUGUAUUUCUAUAAUAAUAUUAUUUGUUUAGAAUACAUUUAAAACAUGUAUGUUCAUAUGUAAGUCUGCUUUUGUUGCUGUUUUUUAAUUUCAACAUAUACUAACACAUUUUUAAAAUCAAAAGUUGUAUAUGUUAACUUUAGUUAAUGCACUAGGAAUUAACAAUGGUAAAAAUAUUUUUAUUAACCAAGAUUAAAGGAAUAGUACACCCAAAAAUGACACCUUUAAGUCAUCCCAGAUGUGUAUGUCUUUCCUUCUUCAGCAGAACCAAAGUGAAGAUUUCUAUAAGCACAUUUCAGCUCUGUUUGUCCAUACAAUGCAUGUAAACGGGUGCCAUGACACUGCUGGCUGAUUGACGGUCCAAAAGUCAUAUUUAGGCAGCAUAAAAGUAAUCCACACGGCUCCAGUUGAUCAAUUAAUGUCUUCUGAAGCAAACCUGAUGAGUGUUUGAUGAGAUGAGAAACUGCUGUGGUCUUUUUCCCUUUCACUUUUCAUUUCUCGUUUUGAUCAUUCGCUUCCUUCCUUGUUAUUUUCCUUUUCUAAUUCGGUCGAUAGCGCAGUCAUUGUAGUUUGCGUCACUUUAGAAGCCCGAUUAUCAUUUUCUUUCUGUUGUUCUUCGGCAUGCAUUGGAAGUGCCAUUAUUGCCUUGACUCAAAUUACUCAAAUUCCACUGAAGGAAGAAAUUGUUUUUAUUUUUUACUAAUUAUAUCAAGAAUAUAUUUCCUGACAGUGUUUGACACAAAGCCUAUUUAACGGCACCAGUCUAUGCUUAGCCUAAAUGCUAGUCAAUUGGUGUGCGUGGGCGCACGCGCGCGUGUCGGUGUCACAAGUGUCGGUUAUGAUGAUGUGAAACUAUGGCGGGGCAAAUUAUUUGUAAUAUUAAUUUGAUAAAAAUAACAGCCUAAUAAUAAUUUAAUACAUUAAUGGGAAAACGAGCCAAAUGUCGUCUUGACCGUCAAAGGCAUCAGCGAUUGGCGAUCACUCUGACCAUCGUCAAUCCCCGAGAUCGUCAUCUAUAAUAUAUACUGUAUCCAUAUUGUAACCAUAGUUUUAAUGUAGAUCAACCAUGGUUAAUCUUGUGGUUACUAAAGUCUAGUUUUCCAUGGUAUUUGUAGUAAAAUCAAAAUAACCACAAAAUUGUCGUUUUUGUUUUCCUGUAUUAUUACUAUAAUUUUACUUUGAAUAUCAAGGUUAAAAUAUAGUUACCGUAGUAAAACCAUGGUACAUUUAUUGAGAGGGCUUGCAAAACUAUUUCAGAAAAAACAAUUCCCGCCCUGUCCUCUAAGGGGCGCCGUAUUUUAGAAAGUAACUUCAAAGUAAAGAAAUUAUUAAUGUGAUUACUUUUGCAUGAAGUAAUCGGUAAAGUAAUCUGAUUACCAUUUUAGAGAAGCAGCUUGUAAUUUGUAGUGAACUACUAUUUUGAAAACAAAUAUUGAAAAUGGCAUUUGAUGUGUAAGAGUGUGCAGUAUAUCUGUAGUGUUUACUCAUAUAAUUAAAAUGAUACAUUUUAUUAAGCGUCAGACUACAUAGAUAACCUGUUUAUCUGUUUACGCUGGUACGUACAUGUCUGUUACGACAGUCAACAUAUGCACGCGAGUUCAACUGGCAAGAAGCGUUCUGGGUCCGUUAUCGCCCUGCAGUAAUUCGGAGCAAAUCUGGAUGUGAAUGAGUGCGAGAUGAUCUACAAAGGAUCGUCGAAGCCGGAAAAAAAACAGUGAAAAUAUGUUGGGCUUUCCGCCACACUAAUAUGGACAAGAUCGCAGAUGGUGAAUCUCAUGGAAAAAAAGACACACUGGACAGUCGUAAAGGAAAUUAAUAUAGCGUAUAUGAGGGAAAAGGCACGGAUGGAUGAUAGGUGCUGUUGUGGAUGAAUCGAAUGGUAAAGUUCUUGUUGUUCAGGACAGAAAUAAGACUAAGAAUGCUUGGAAGUUUCCAGGUGGUCUGUCAGAUCUUGGAGAAAACAUUGGCGUGACAGCUGUUCGGGAGGUUUUCGAGGAAACUGGGGUCCGAUCUGAAUUCCGAUCUCUCCUGAGUAUUCGUCAGCAGCACAAUCAUCCCGGAGCAUUUGGUAUGUCCGAUAUGUACCUGAUCUGCAGACUCAGUCCGCUUUCGUUCGACAUCAACUUCUGCACUCAGGAAUGUCUGCGCUGUGAAUGGCUGGAUUUAGCUGAACUCGUCAAGACCAGCGAGACGACGCCGAUCACAAGUCGUAUCGCAAAAAUUCUACUGUAUGGUUUGGAAAAGGGCUUUCACAACAUCGACCUCACAAUGGAGGAGCUGCCGGCGGUGUAUUCUGGCAUGUUCUAUCAACUCUACCACAGACGGCUGCCAGAGUCGUGAGAGA